UUCAAAAAUAAUUAACAGAUUUUAAAAAUAAUUAAUAUCAAUCUAUCAAUGUAAUAAGUCAUAUUUUGAAAAAAUGAUAUAAGAAAUAUGUUAAAGCUUUACAUCAACUUAUUAAAUUGUUAAUCAACCUCUAAAAAAUUCCCAAUUCCCAUUCAACAAUGAAUAAUCUUCCACAGAUUUUAAUUGAUCCAAUUAUUAAUGAAAAGGAUAUAUUAGAGACAACAAAUGAACAACCUGAAGAUUGUAAAUCAUUAACUGUUCCAUUUUCGAAUUUUUUCAUUAACAGUGACGACAAUAAUAAUAAUAAUAAUGUUAACAGUAAUGGUAGUUGUCAUAACAACACAAAUAACGAUCCAAAACAUGAACCUUUGAAUUAUAAUGAUCAUUUAAACAAUAUUAUUGAUCAUUCUAAUAAUUUAGGACAAACUAUAGUUGGAAAAAUAUUUAUAGGACCUUUGAAUUCAUCGCAUUCAUCGGAGAAAUAUCGUCAACUUGUUUGGGUACAAAUUUAUCAGAAAUCAUCAUCAAUUUCAUCAAGACUUAAUACACAAAAUUUAGACAUUCCAACUUUUGUAUUAUUAUUAAAAACAAGAAUAAAUCCAAAAAAUUCUGAAUAUACACCAGAUUAUUAUUCACCUCCUUAUAUGAAAUUCAAUUUAAAGCAUACACGUUCAAGUCCAAUAGAUGAAAAACAUUUUCAUAUUUAUACUCGUUGUGGAGAAGGUAUAACUCUUGAAGGUGAAAUUGCUGAUGAACAUUCUGUAGAUUAUUGGUUAUCAAUUUUUAAUCAAAAUACAAUAAAUCCUAUCCAUAUGGAACUUUUUCGUACAAAUGAAAUAAAAAUACGUUCAGCUCCUAAUUCUCCUAGAUAUGUACGACGACGAAAUAAUAUUGCUACGGAUGUUAAUAAAAAUUCUUUCAUCAAUGAUAAUUCAAUAAAUCGUAGUACACAUUCAAUUUCUCGUACAUGUAUAUUUGAAACACUUAGUGAAACACAAGAAUUAGAAAGUGGAGUGUGAUGGUAAUUUAAAAAAAAAUUUAAUUAUGUAAUCAUCAUUUGUUUUUUUUUGUUCUUUUGUUAAAUGUAAAUUAUCUUACCAUGUUUGUUAUCAUAACAACAUUUUUAAUAUAUUGAUUCAUUCAUAAUCUUUAGUUAUUUGUUCCAAGACUGAACAGAUUAUUCCGAUAAACUAAACAUUCCUUGUAUUAUUAUUAUUAUUUCAUUGUCAUAUUUUAUAAGACAAACGAUUUAUUUUACCGCUUAUGAUAUAACUUUGAAUAAGAUGCUAGAAGAUAAAUCAUUGAACAAUGAAUCAAGAUAAUAGUUGUAUUUUAUUUUAUUUUGAUGAAGCCUUAUUCAUUGAUGUGAAUUUUUGUUUUUAGGACUACUCACUUAUGAUGUCUCCCUUUUUAUUAAUAAAAGAUAAAUGAACAUAGAUUGUAAAUAAAGUAGUUUUGAUUAUUAAACAUUGUAUGUUGUGCC